CUGCAUGACUUAACUCUCUCUCUAUCUCGAUCUCGAAGCAAUAUGUGGCGCGGCAAGAGGUGUGCGACGAGCAUGAUGGAGAAGCAGGGCACGUGCAUUACUAACUCAUACAACAAGCCAUGGAGGAACCGCCGUCCAUUGACCGACACCGUGUUGAACACAUUAGUUACAUGGACCGGCAACAUGCUCGCAUCGCUGAGCGGAGUUUGUGAUGCCGCCAGCUCAUACACGCAGUAACUUUCGAGCUCAAAUCAUCUCUCCUCGGGCUGAUGAGUUGGUUUUUCAUGUGCCCCUCUUCCCCAUCGCGACCACCGCACAUAAAUGGUCCCAGCUGCUUCUGCAACAACUAGCUCAUCUCAGAAACAUCCGGUCAUUAAAGAACUUUGAUCUGAAGAGAGAGAUGCCAUGCUAAUCCCGCUUUAAGUGAACGUCAAGCAGGGGGUAUGGACAGAUUUAAGAAGGUUCAGGGACUCCUUUACCUGUUGACUAUUACCAAAACCUCUGAUAUUAUUAGGGAGUAUGUAUUGAUGAUUUUGUCAAAUUAAUUAGUUGUUGUCUAUAAAUGAGGAAGAGUGUAUUUCCAUGGGCCAUCCAAGCUUAUCUAUACAAGGUAGGUUUUCUAAUCAUAAAAGAAGAGACAUAAGGUGACUACGCUAACAAACCUAUGAGAACGGUGUUGUAUCGGGUUAAUUUUCUCGUUAAAUACAAAUAGAAAAAUGCGACUACAUAAUAGAACAGUGAGUGGUAAUAGUUGACUUUUAUUUUUAUCUCGUCGCAACCCUCUUUGAGGGGGCCUGGAGAGGGUUAUAUGGAUUGUUAAGCAGGCGUCCAUAAUCCUCUUGCGAAGUAGAGUUACCGCCCAUGAACCCUCACAAGCUCUACUGAUCGCAACUAAGGCUCCGUUUGUUUUGUAAAAAAUGAAUAUUUUUUAAAAUAUUUUCUAAAAAAUGAUUACUUGGAUAGCUAAAAAUAAUUAACUAAUAAAAAAUAUUUUUAUUAUCGACAACAAUUUAUGUUCAAACAUUUUCGUGGACAAUGAAAAUAUUUUUCGUUCAUUUAUUUUUGUAGGGGAUAAAAAGCGAUUAUUUUUCGGAAAAUGUUUUUCGAAAUCUAUACCAGCAUAAAAUAUGAAACGAAAAAUAACAAUAAAUCAAUUCGGGCCAUCUCGAGCAACACAUCGCCUUGUUAUUACGCCUCGAAAGAGGAUCCCGUGAGCAAGAAUAUGCGUAAAUAACGAAUGAAAAGAAAUUCCAAUCAAAAUCUCUAAACCUAGAUGCUUGACUUAAUCUAUAUGGAAAACAAGACAUUCUUUGUCUUUCUAUGUGUCAUGAAAUGCUACCUAAAUCAACUAAUGCGGGAAAUAGGAAAUUCUUUUGCUUGAAAAACUCUAAAAGUCUAGACAAUCUAAAAGCAAGGAUGAAAAGCUUAAUGACAUAUUUUAUAAUUGAAAACAAGUUCCUCUUUUUCGGAAAGUACGAGAAAAACGGCAUUGGUGAAAAUCUAAAUGUCAAGCUAUCAUUCGAUUUGUAAUUUAUUUUAUGAGAAGAAAGGUCAGACAUACUUUUUUUAUUUGGGUCAAAAGCUCAAGCACACUUUAAACGGGUGAAUUUCAUACUCAUGAAAUAUCGCAUUAGCUAGUCCGCAAUCCCCCCCAAUUAUAUGUAUUUGAACGCAUACCGUACGAUCCAUUGAAUCAUGCGGGUCCCAAAUGAUGCGACGGCUAGAAUGGCGUUGAGCCCAUCUCGGCUCCACUUUCUUGGUUUUGGGCCACACAGGUCAUUGGAGGAAGAGGAGGCAAAUUCAAAAGAGGUGGGAGUGCCGUUUCUCUGUUGAAAAUCUGUGCAUUACAGAAACGUCCUUUGAAUUUUGAAAGACAGACGCUCGCUUCACUCUGUUUCAGCAGUUAGUGUCCUUCAUGCCGCGUGGCGCUUUCGGCGUUUGAAGUUCUUGAAUGGACGAGCUGCCUCUCAGUUCUUCUUGAGCCGACCCCGAGAGUCGCGUUUCGGCACCUCCACCCGUAAGUUCGUUCAGCUGAUACUGUAAGCUUGCUGGGUUUUCCUUUUCUUGCUCUUCUAUUUCGUUGCUCUGUUGUUCGCUGAAUGUGCAUGGGGGGCUGCUUCUGUUUCUGUUGAGAUUGUUCCUUUUUAAAAGAAAAUGAAGUUUCAGCAUUUUUGUGUUGAGUGGUUAAGUCAUUACAAGUACGACGCUUUCUUGCUGUGGAAUGAGCUCAAAUUUGUCCAUACUUUAGAGAAGGCAGUGCAUUUGACGCUUUAUUUCAUGAUGUUGAAGUUAGGGGUCGGGGGCAUGCGAACUUAAGUUCUUGUGCUACAGUCAUGGUGUUUUUAAGGCAACCCUCGAGGCAUUCGUUCUGUUUCUUGUUUCACGGGUUGUUUUUCAUGAACUCCCUGUUUGUAGUUUCCUUCUUCUUUUUUCCUGGUUCGGAGUUAGUCUCUGAAGUAGGAAUUAAGGCUGAGGGAGCGAGAUAAAAAGUUUAUCCUGAAUUUUUCUCAUAAAAUAUGCUAACAAGAUUUCGUAAGCUAAAACAUUUAGCAGCCUUUAAGGUGGUUACUUUCGUAGAGUAUAUUUCGUCUAUAUAACACCGUAAAUCUAUUUGAGGAAGUGCUGUCCCUGAUUGGUGUGGAUGAGCGAGAUGAUGGUUGUUGAUCAAAUGGAUAAUACUUCAUUGGUCAUUUAUGCUUUCUCUCAUCUAAGCUACUUUGGUUGAAUUGUUAAAGGAGGAGUGAUCUUGUCCUGUAAAUAUGUAUCUACCGAAUUUGUUCAUUUGCAGCAAGCAGAUUUUCUUGAACAUACUGCUCAAUCUUUCUUUUCAUUCUUGAAUCUUAAUUGGACUGGAUUAGGGCCAUCAGCAUACCAAAGUUAGGGUGCGCUUGGGAUGACUUAUGAGUAUCAUCGACAAAUUUGCAUCCAAAGUUCACCUUUCAUGAUAAUGUCGUUGUAAUGUGGAUUUUGGCCAUCGCUCAUCAGUGUAUUUUGCAUAUGCUCUUUCGAUCCUAGAGUGCAGAAGAAACUUGGCAUAUAAAUUGCGCGGCCAAAUUUUCAGUAGGAGAGUUUUCAAGUUUUAGGGUGAAAUGGCUUCAAGAAGUGAAGGUGGUGUGGCCAGAGUUCAGGAAGGCCUCCAUUCAAAUGUGACACCGAAAGAUUAUCAGGUCAAUGGACAAAGGACCUUGCACAUUUCAACUUCCAGAAAAGGACUACUGAGUGAUAAAAUUCCUAAAAGAGGAGGCGUCUUUACUUUUCCCACUCCCAGCACAUUCGGCCUUCUCAAGUUUGGUUCAGCGACCAAUUUAGCUUCCCCAUCGACAAAAUUCAGGAAAGUAGCCGACGAAAGAGACGAAGAAUCGUGUGCUGCCCCUUCUUCGACCAGGCAAGGUCUCCGGCAGCGUCUCGGUUUGGUCAUUUCUAAUAAGUUGGAUUGGAGGUCUCUUGUGAAAAUGUGCAAAGAAUAUGCAAAUGACCCAUUCAACGCUGUCCUCCUUUUAUGGAUAAGUUGUGUUGCUAUAUCGGGAGCUAUUCUUUUUCUAGUCAUGACAGGGAUGUUAAACAGCUUGUUGCCGAAAAAAUCGCAGAGAAAUGCAUGGUUCGAGGUUAACAAUCAAAUCCUCAAUGCUUUGUUUACACUCAUGUGCCUGUACCAGCAUCCUAAGCGGUUCCACCACCUGGUUCUCUUGUGUAGGUGGAGACUAAAGGAUGUAUGUACACUUAGGAAAAUCUAUUGUAAGAGUGGUACCGUUAAACCCCGAGAGCGGAUCCAUAUGAUGGUGGUAGUUGUGUUGCUUCAUGUGAACUGUUUUGCUCAGUAUGCCUUAUGUGGCCUCAACUUGGGUUACAAAAGAUCAGAGCGUCCUGCAAUUGGCGUGGGCGUGUGCCUCUCUGUCGCAAUUGCUUCUCCUGCAAUUGCCGGGUUGUAUUCCAUCCUUAGCCCUUUAGGAAAAGAGUACAUAUCAGAAGUUGAUGAGGAAGCACAAGAUGGAGAUUCUUCCAGUUCUGCUCAGCCGGGCGACCUUAGAAGGAAGUCAAUAGAGAAGAGAUUGUCAUUUGCAUCCAAGAACGAGCAUGGGAUCAUUGAACAUGCGCCUGAAUGGAGAGGGGGGUUAUUCAAUCUGUGUGACAAUUCAGCAGUUGCGUAUCUCUCUCUCUUUUGCAGCUUUUGCAUCUUCGGUUGGAAUAUGGAAAGGCUUGGGUUUGGGAACAUGUAUGUCCAUAUUGCCACUUUCCUCCUUUUCUGCAUCGCUCCUUUCUGGAUCUUUGGCCUUGCCGCCAUUAAUAUUGAUGACGAGAUAGUGAGGGAGGCUUUGGGGUUUACUGGCAUUGUACUCUGUGUUUUUGGUCUGCUCUAUGGCGGUUUCUGGAGGAUUCAGAUGAGGAAGAGGUUUAAUUUGCCGGCAGAUCACUUUUGCUGUGGGAAACCGGCAAUUGCGGAUUGUGUGAGAUGGCUUUUCUGUUGCUGGUGCUCUCUUGCUCAGGAAGUGAGGACCGCAGAUUUCUACGAUAUCAUUGAAGACAAAUUCUGCAGGAAACAAACGCGAGAUUGCAGACAAGCCAUGGUUUCUCAUUUACCUUGUGAAGAUGUAGCUGCUCAGAAGGAAUCCAGCUCGUGUUCUCCGAACCAAAACAGCUAUGGAGGCUUGCUUAGUGUUGGAAACUUGCAGAGUCCAGGUAGAUAUUCAAAUGACACGUCUAAUUUGGAAAUGCAGCUUGCCGAGCUAGUGGAAGAAAGCAAGCUAAUGAAGCCGCCUUCAAGUUCAUUAAUGGAAAGGGAAGGCAUGUAGUAAAUAUUAGACACAGGCGUGGAGUGAAGAACCCGGCACUACCUAAAGUCUACUCUCUAGACAUUUCCCUUCUUCCAUGUGUCUUCCGCAUCCUUCAUUUUUUCGAGAGUGAUUUUGUAUCCAUUAUCUUUCGAACGCAGCUUAUGGAUGACACACGAUGCUUCAAUGUCUGCAUUACACCAUUUGAACUUUGUCCACCCUCGUUAAAUUGCGAUAAUAUUUGAAGUGGGAACUUCACUGAAUAGUUCUGUGAUCAA